AUGUCACGGAUUCUAUCUUCCCGCGUACCUCUCGCACCGGCCGACCAAGCAAGGGUAAUCAAGAAUUCGGAAAAGACUGAAUUAGCCUAUCGCACUGCGGCAUUACAAGGAGAAUCUGACGUGCCGGAAAACGCCAAAGAUGAAGUGGACUUCCGCUAUGUGUGCUUUGUCAAGUCGUCAAAGACUGGGCAUCUCUAUGAGCUUGACGGAGACCAAACGGGUCCCGUAGACCACGGUAUCCUAAAAUUGGGGGUGACUCCCCAAAACCUGGAUGCACUCAUAACCUCGUCCAUCAUGGAGAACAUCAUCUCUUCUAUCAUCACCGGGAAGCUCAGUGACAAGCAGCCCUAUCUAUGGUCGUUCGAUCAAGACAGCUUGAGCAUCACGAGUGUAGAUGCAAACAUUACCAACUCAGAGAAUGGGUGCUACGCUAAAGCCUUAGCGACCAAUCAGAUCUUUAUAUAUUUUCUUCCUGACGCUACAAUUUACCUUCUUCCUUUAUAUCAGUAUAUAUAA